GAUGGCCCCCCGCUGUCGAUUUCUAGCCAAUCCCGGCACGCCUUGACCUAUCCCUCUCUCUUAUUGGAUACACGGCAGUGCGGCGAGGCGGAUGUUGUCGUCUUUGCAAGAGCCCAAACCGGCAAGAUGGCGUCGAGUGGUCGGGAGCUUGGGGGCGUAUUCGACCACCACGUCCAGCGGGCCGUAUGCGACACAAGGGCCAAGUAUCGGGAGGGGCGACGGCCUCGCGCUGUCAAGGUAUAUACAGUCAAUUUGGAAUCUCGAUACUUAUUAAUACAAGGAGUUCCUGCAGUGGGAGCGAUGAAGGAAUUAGUUGAGCGAUUUGCUCUAUAUGGUGCAAUUGAACAGUAUAAUGCUCUAGAUGAAUAUCCAGCAGAAGACUUUACAGAAGUUUAUCUUAUUAAAUUUAUGAAUUUACAAAGUGCAAGGAUAGCCAAGAGGAAAAUGGAUGAACAGAGUUUCUUUGGUGGAUUGCUUCAUGUGUGUUACGCUCCAGAAUUUGAGACUGUUGAAGAAACUAGAAAAAAAUUACAAGAAAGAAAGGCUUAUGUAGCAAGAACUACUAACAAUAAAGAUCAUUACAUGACAAAGAAGAAACUGGUUACAGAGCAUAAAGACACAAAAAAUUUUAGACAGCACUUCCAUUCAGAGACAUCUGGAUUUUGUGCGGCUGCUGUGAACACUUCUAUUGGGAACUCAGAUUCUUGUCUUCCUUAUUCUUGUGAAUUGCCUUUAUGUUAUUUCUCCUCAAAAUGUACGUGUUCAUCAGGGGAACAUGUGGACAGAGCAUCAAACUCCUUUCAGGAUUGUAGAAACCAUGAUGAAACAGUGGAGUAUUGUAACCACAAUGACUCUUUGCAGAAAAUGCAGAUGAAAACUUUUAGAAAUUCAGUGGCCUGCCCUGGUGCACAGAAGGCUAUCACUCCUUCAGAGGCAGUUGACAGAUUUAUGCCUAGGACAACACAACUGCAGGAGCGGAAAAGAAGAAGAGAAGAUGAUCGUAAACUUGGAACGUUUUUUGAAACAAGCACGAGCAGUAAUGAGGUUAUGAUUGGGCCUCUGUUGCCAGACAUACCCAAAGUGGAUAUGCAUGAUGACUCCUUGAAUACAACAGCAAAUUUAAUUCGGAAUAAACUCAAAGCGGUAAUUUCAUCUGUGCCAAAGCCUCCAGAGGACAAGCUGGAAGAUGUCCAUACAAGUCGUCCAUUAAAACAAAGAAGAAGAAUAUAGAUUGUCAGCAACUAAUUAAUAUUUUCUAAGGGACUAUUUAUUUUCUAUUUUUAGCCUGUAAUUUUAAUUCUUGAAGAGAUUUUACUGCUGGUAUUUUUUUAAUGCACUUUUCUUUGUAAUUUCAUUUAAACUACUUGUCUAAUAUAGUUUUAUCUUUUAAAAUUAGUUUAUCAUGUACAACAUACAUUUCAUCCAAAUAUAUUCCUUAAAAAAAAAAAAUUUUUUUCAGAAGCUUCACUCAGUGGCUUUGGUUACAUCUUAUUGGCUAGAACUGGGCUCAUGGCUGUUCUUAACUGAGGAGUCUGGAAUGGUGUUUUAUGUUUCCAACUUCUGUGGUUGAGAAAGCGAGAGAAAAGAGGCUGUCCAUUGACAGUCUGUGGCUAAUUCACAGUAUUUGCCACAAGAUCCAAGGUUGAUAGCUAACUUAAAAAAUAAAAUUAGUUUAUCAUUAGUUAUUAUAGAUAUUAUCUUGAUCCAUACUUAAUAUUACAGAAACUGUUCAUAUAAUUUUACCUCUCACAUUGCAAUAACUAUAUGUAAAUUAAUUGAAGCAAAUAUAGAAACUUUACAAAGAUAGGCAACCAGGAUCUGUUUCUAAUUUUAAUAUAAAUAUUGAGUGAUUCACAUUCAAAAACCAGAAGUCAGGAUGUGUUUGAAUGCCAGGGCUUCAAAAUCAAGACAAUUCUGUAAAGUAAAAAAGUUAAUAAACUAUUAGAACAAAGCUGAAAUUAGAAACUUACAUGCUUUAGUUAACUUCUAAGAAGAAUUUACUUGAUCUGUGGCAGAAACAAAUCAGUAUUUGUAAAUAUUAGACUUAUACCACUACAUUUAGCGCAGUCACAUUUUUUUUUUCUGUCAGUGGACCACACAGUUGAAAAUCCAAGUAUAUCUAGGCUGUUUCCUUUUUUUUUUCCCCACUGAUAAAAAUAACUUGAGAAGGCCCAUACCAAAUGGUGUCUGUUUUUCUUUUCUUUCUUCCUAUCCUUAAGGCCCUCUUGUCUAAUGGAUUGAAUUUGAAGAUAUCAGUUAAUAAGGUCCAUCUUCAGUUGUGACCUACGGAUUCAGCUUGCUAGGAUGGCACUAAGUGGCAGAUGGUAUUAAAGGAAGCUGCAGGCAGAUUUUGGGCCCACUUCCUUAUAAGGUAAUUAGAUAUAUUUUUUGCUGAAGUCUCAGGUAAAAGAUACAUUAGACAGUUGAGCAUAGAAUUGGAAAGACCAAGGUGCUAUCUAGAUCAGGCUUCUCAGACUUUAAGGUGCUAUGAAUCUUUACCCCAGGGUCUUAUUAAAAUGCAGAUUCUGAUGGUGGCAGCCAGGGGGCUGGCAGGUGGUGGGAAUGGGGAGUUGUUUAAUGGGCAUAGAGUUUCAGUUUUGCAAGAUGAAGAGUUUUGGAGAUUAGGUGCACAACAGUGUGAGUGUACUUAACACUACUGCACCGUACACUUAAAAUUGGUAAAGAUGGUAAAUUUUGUUAGGUGUAUUUUACCACAAUUAAAAAAA